GCGAACCCCUUCAUCCCACAUGAAGGGGUGGGAGGACACAACGGUGCGGGAGGUCCACUCAUAUGUCGGACUUAGGUUCCUCAGUGGAGUUAGGCGAAGAAGUGCCAGAGGGACCUUUGGUCGACGGACCCGUUGAUGUGCUCGUCGGUGUUCGCCAAGACCAUGUCCAGGGACCGCUUCGACAUCCUUACCUCCGCCCUCCACUUCGCUAACAAUGAAGGGGAGCACAGCGCGGAGGACCGGUUGUGGAAGCUGCGCCCUGUGAUUGACGUCUUGGACUCGACGUACCGUUCCGUCUUCGUCCCCAAAAAGAACGUGACCGUCGACGAGAGCUUGUGGGCCUUCAAGGGGAGGCAUCAGGCCCUUCAGUACAACCCUAGUAAGAGGGCUAGGAGGGGCCUGAAGGUCUACAAGCUGUGUUCGUCCGACGGUCCAGAGGCAGGGUAUAUGGCGGCCUUCAAUAUUUACAUGGGGCAGGAUCGCGGCGAGUUUCCGGCGAGCAUGAAGGCCGUCGACGACCUGAUGGAGAAGGCAAAGCUGUUCGACAAGGGGUAUCAGUUGUACACAGACAACUGGUAUUCCUCCCCGACUCUCUUCCACUAUCUGCAGGCCCGGAAGACCACCGCCGUUGGCACAGUACAUGUCAAUAGGCGAGUCGGGGACACAUCGACUUCCGGAGUAGCAAAACCGGAAUGCUUUGCCUGCAGUGGUUAGACAAGCGUCCUGUGACAAUGCUAUCCACUGCCCACACAUCAAAGGUCGUUACCCUGUUUCCCAACCGCCGAGGGGUGGAGAGGUCGAAGCCCGAGGUUGUUGUCAGUUACAACAAUGGCAUGAAAGGCGUCGACCUCUCGGAUCAGCUGGCGCAGUCAUAUCCAGCAACCAAGAGGACCAUCAAGUGGUACAAAAAGGUAUUUUUUUACCUGCUGGAUAUGACCACCAUCAAAGCGCUGGCUGUCCACCGGGCCCUUGGCGGUACGAUACCUCAAUGGAAGUUCCGUACGGAACUAGUUCGGGAAUUGCUGCAGCGAGGUGGCCGACCUGGGUCCUUCCGGUGUAACCCUCCUCAGAACCAACCUGAGGAGGAUCCCCAGCAGGCGCACAUGCCAGUCGACACCCCAUUCCGGAGGUGGCGGAGAUGUGCGCUCUGCUGGAGGAACAACCGGUGCAGGAAGGAGACCAGAGUCAUGUGUGCCCACUGCACCGUUUCCCUAUGUCCGGCACCUUGCUUCCAGGCAUACCAUGCCUAAUUUCAAAAAAAUAAAAAUUCGACUUUUA